ACCUCACCUCAGCUCACCACUCUCUCUCUCUCUCUCUCUCUCUCUCUCUCAGCAUAUACCAAGUCCAAACCAAAGCUUCAAGCUUGAGCUGCAAUGGAGUGCAGUACUGAAACAAUGAACACAAAUUACACAACCACUUCAUCAACUAUGUCUCAAUCUCCUCCUCCUUCUUCUUCACCAUCGUCUCCUCCAACCCCAACUCCCACUCCAUCUCCACCAGUUGUUAUAAGUCCUUGUGCUGCAUGCAAAAUCUUGAGGAGAAGAUGUGCAGACAAGUGCGUUUUGGCCCCUUACUUUCCUCCCUCUGAGCCAGUCAAGUUUACUAUAGCUCAUCGUGUCUUUGGGGCAAGCAAUAUCAUCAAGUUCUUGCAGGAACUUCCAGAAUCUCAACGAGCCGAUGCAGUGAGCAGCAUGGUUUAUGAGGCAAGUGCAAGAAUUAGAGACCCAGUUUAUGGGUGUGCUGGAGCAAUCUGCCACUUGCAAAAGCAAGUGAAUGAGCUGCAGGCACAACUGGCCAAGGCACAGGCUGAGCUUGUCAACAUGCAAUGCCAGCAAACCAACCUUGUGGCUCUGAUUUGCAUGGAAAUGUCGCACCCUAAUUCCGAGCAAGGAUCUCCUCCACAAUCACUUGAUCACAACUUCGUCGCCACCAAUCCUCACGGCGGCAACCAGACCAACUUAGGCUUCCUUGAUGAUUCCACCACUCUAGGCUCAUUGUGGGAACCACUUUGGACAUGAAUAUCUAGAGAAAAAAAAUUAAUAUUAAUAAUUAUAUAUCCAUAGCAAAAAAAAAAAAAAAAAAAAAAAAAAAAAAAAAAAAGUUUCUAUGAAUCUAAUGAAAUUCUCCCAAGGAGAAGUUGAAGGAUAAUAAUAAUUAAUUAAUUGGGUAGCUCUAGUAGGAAUUAAGUAGUGGAGAGAUCCACAGUGUUUGAACAAAAGGGAGGGAAAUCCCAAGUUGGGAUUCAUCUAGUCACUUUUGUUUAAGCUUGUUGGAGGCAAAGUAGCUAGGUGGGUCUUUUGCUUUUAGUCCAUAUGUAAUCUUUUCCGUAUUGGAGAGAAAAAAGAAAAUUAUGUUUUAAGUCCAUUUGUAUGCUGAUCUUAUUAGUGAAUUCAAGUUUUAACAAACUUUUCGGUCA